CUAUGACGGAUACAAUCUGCACAGAGCUGAUGACAGGUUAGCAUUCCGGUCGAGUUGCGGGGCGGGGUUUACAGUCCUGUCACUUGAAGGCACCACGCGCUUCAUGAGUAUUGUGACAAGCAGCGAGCCGAAUGAAGGAACCCCGCGAGAGCCGAUGUGUUCAUUUCUCCUCUGACCUACUAAUUGUCAGUGCGUUUCACAGGUGAAGGACCCCAGAGUUUAACUGGACCUCUUCAUGGCUAACCAAGCCUGGCUGGAGUCCUCUCUGCGUCGCUCUGCCAGUUUGGGACAGGAAGUGCUGCAGCGGGCCUCCAGGCGCCGUGUAGACUGGACGAGCACGGGAGUGUCCCAGACCCCCAGUACGACCGACGAAGACUCCCAGAUCCCCGUCAAGAGAGCCCACACAGAGCUCGACGAUGUCUUUGCAGCCCUUGCAGGCCUCAUGGCACAGACGACCCAUCAGUGCAAGAGGUUUUAUGAGUCCGGCUGUGGCUGCGAGCCCUCCGACGCCGAGAGGAGCCACGUGUCCCGGUUCCACUCACGGCCGUCUGUUGUGACGACGUCAGCCAGAAAACACGCCAAGGUUCCCCGCUACAAGGGUCGUGUGUCGUCGUCGUCGGGUGAAGAUUUGGUUAUCGAGGUUUUGCCAGGAACGCAGCAUGCCGGAGCUACAGCAGACUCAGCUGGUGAAGGUCAGAGGUGGCGACAGCAUCUACCUGACCUUUGAUCUUUGACUUAACCGCUCAAUACUUAAACUAACCAAAGCUCAUGCUGUUUUUGUGUUUAUUGCCAGAUUUCUUCUUUUUAAGAGUUAACAUUUUAUUUUGCUAUCAAACCUUUUAUUUGCGGCCAUAUUUUAAUUUAUUUUACUUUGUGUUUAACGUCAUGACAUUUUAACCUGUACUUAAACUGCAUCAGUGUAGAAAAAUAAAAAUGUAUUUUUUAUCUCUA